AUCCCAUUGGCGUUCAUCCACUCCCUCCCUGCCCCCCGUCCGGGCCUCUCCCUCGGAGAUCAACUUGCGGAGCUCGUUACGGACAACGGCCAGGUGAACACCUUCCUGGACUGUCUGUGCACCACCCCCGAUGCGGCCCUCUGGUCUCCGGACCCCCUACGGCCAUGUCUUACGCACCGCACCCUCUACGACUUCGUGGCGACCUUCUCGCUUCCCGUGUCCCACCCAUCGAGGCGUCUCGGCCCUAACGACCGGGUUAUGAUCGCCCUCCCGACGGGCUGCGAGAACGCCGUCGCCCUUCUGGCGCUCACGAGCUACCACACAUGCGCCCCUGUCAAUGCAAGCUGUACGGCGUCCGAGUUGAAGGAGGAUGCUGAGCGGUUGAGGGCGAGGGCGGUUGUGACCACACGGGAUGCCAUGGAGCGUCUUGAGCUCCGUCAAUUGCGCGAAGAGCUCGGCUGCGAGAUCAUCUUCGUCGAGGCCCGUCCGAGCGGGCCGGCUGGCUUGUUCGAUAUGUCGGUCAUGUGCGACGACGACGACGACGGCCGUUCACUCGCCGAAGGAUCGUCGCGGACCCCUUCGCAACUUCACACCCUUUACGACCAAUCGCUCGUCCUGCACACUUCCGGGACCAGCGGUAAGAAGAAGGUCGUCCCAUAUACCCUUCGUUCCUUGAUCAUUGGUACCUGUGCCGUCAUCAAAUCUUGGGAUCUCCGGGAGGACGACGUUAACGCAAACAUGAUGCCUCUCUUUCACGUCGGCGGUAUCGUGCGAAACCUUUUCGCUCCCAUGAUGUCUGGCGGCAGUGCCAUCGUGGCGAGCGGAUUCGACGCCACCGCCUUCUGGACUCUUGCGACCGAGUUCGGCGCUACAUGGUACUAUGCUGCUCCGACGAUGCACCACGCUAUCCUGGCGGCUCGUUCUGAUGCGAUUGUUCCAUCCCGUGACACCCGGAUUCGGAUGAUCUGUAACGCUGCGGGUGGUCUUUUGCCCACGCUCGCUGUAGAGUUGAAGGAGACGUUUGGCGGUGCUGCUGUGCUCCCUUCCUACGGAAUGACUGAAUGCAUGCCCAUCGCGUCUCCGCCGACGUCGUAUCAGUUGGACCGACCUGGAUGCUCCGGUAUCGCCUGCGGACCUUACCUGUCUAUUCGCGACCCGUUCAAUCUCGAGCGCGAACUUCCGAGCGGCGGUUACGGUGCCGUAUGUGUUCGCGGUCUUCCGACGUUCGAAGGCUACGAGGUCUCCGUCGACGGUCCUCUCGAUACCUCGAUGUUCUCAAGCGAGGGGUGGUUCGACUCGGGUGAUAUGGGUUACAUGGACCAAGAUGGCUACCUUUACAUCACCGGGCGUUCGAAGGAGAUCAUCAACAAGGGUGGAGAAGUCAUUUCCCCCUUCGAGAUCGAGGAGGCUAUCAUGACCGUCGCCAAGGAACAGGUCAAGACUACACUCGCUUUCUCCAUCGAGCACGACGUCUUGCAGGAGACGAUCGGUGUUGUGGUUGUCCCUGUUCCCGGUCAGCCCCGCAUCAGCCUCUCCGCCUUGCUCGACCUGCUCCGCGAUCAGCUGCACCCCUCCAAGUGGCCUUUCGCGGUCGUUUACAUGGACGAUCUGCCGAAGAACUCCGCCGGCAAGCCGCUCCGUAUCAAGCUCGCCCAGCGUCUCGGGCUCGGAUGCCUCACCGACAACGUCCCUGCCAUUCAGCGUCACUUUGAGGCGGAAGUUCCGGACAAGAACUCCCCGCUUUCUCAACCCAUCGCCUGUUCUCGCGUCUCGGUCAACCUUCAGGCGGUCGAACGGGCGAUGCUUAGUAUCAUGGGUGUUAACGAGGUCGCCCUUCGUUCUCGUAGCGAUGGCACUCCAGAAGCCUUCGUCUCUGUCGAUGGGUCGUCCGAACUUGACUCAACCGUGAUCAAGAACGCACUUCACACCGUCGUCGCUGGCUACAGCAUUCCUGACCCAUUGCACGUCUUCCGCAGGCCGCUCGCCAAGUCUCGCGGCCGCGUCGACUUCAACUCGAUGGAGGAGGAAAUCAAGCGCCAGAACUCCUCCAGCAUGUCUUCUAGUGCCCUGGCAGUCCGAGACAUUGUCGCAGAGUUGCUGUCGAAGGAGCCGGGCAUGAUCACUGGCGACUCGGACUUCUUCCUCCUCGGUGGAAAUUCGCUCCUCCUUGGUCGGCUGGCGUACUUCAUCCGGAAGGAGACCGGCAUCAGCCUCAAGGUGGCCGACCUUUUCACGAACUCGACCAUCAACGGCAUCGCUUCCCUGAUCGACGCGGAAGAGGCCACCAUGUCCAACUCGACACUCGCGGACAAGGAAUCCAAGUACGCUGAGAGCAUCAACAGCUACGAGGCUCCCACUCUGGGCUACGGUGGCGAGUACGAGCUUCCCGAUCGCGGCCGCGGUCAAACCCACCCCCUUUCACUCCUCGUUCAGAUCAUCCCCAUUCUCUUCUUCUAUCCAUUGAAGGCGGCUUGGACGUGGACGAUGAUUCUGUUCUGCUUGUCCUACGUGACGAAAUUCACGGUCGCAAUGUACUGGGAACGUAUUGGCUCGCUACUUUUUGCUAUCGUCGCGGCUCGCCUGUCGUCUCGCAUCGUCUCUCCGGUCGCCGCGAUUAUCUUCAAGUGGAUCGUCAUUGGAAGGUACCGGCCGGGACGUUACCGCUUCUGGAGCACAUACCACCUGCGCUGGUGGAUCGUGAACCAGUCGCUGCGGGCCGCUGGCCGUGGGAUCUUCGCCGCUCACCCCGCGCUCGAGAGGCUGUACUUCCGCCUGCUCGGCGCGAGGAUCGGCAGGGAUGUCAAGAUCGACAAAGCUGCGAAGCUUGGAGAGUUCGACCUCAUUCAAAUCGACGACGGCGCGAGGAUCGACAAGUCGCUGAUUCGCGGGUUCUGCGUCGAACGGGACGGCUACAUGCGCCUUGACCACAUCCACAUUGGUGCCCGCGCUGUCGUCAACACCUACACCCAGAUCGCGCCCGGUGCUUUCAUCCCGCCCGGCGCUGUUUACGGUCCCCACGCCUCGUCGCAUGAACACCCACUCGCCCCCAGCCACGCCAGCGUCAACCGCACGAUCCAGCGCAAGCCAAAUUUCUUCCUGCAGCUGUUCGUCGCCUGGCCGAUCAUCUUCAUAGUCCAGUUUGCGAGCUACGUGCCUUGGUUCGUGAUCCUAUGGCUGAUGAUCACCCGGACGACGAUCCAGAACGAGCACCUGAACGCGAUGGAGUCCGUCAUCGACUGGUUCGCCGCUGCCCCUCGGAUCAAGUGGCACAUCGUUGCUCGCAUCGUUCGUGCCUGCUGCCAGCCUCUGAUCCAGCUCGUUCUCGGCAUCAUCGUCAAGCGCGUGUUGGGCCUCAACAGCGAGCGCUCCGUUACCGAGGCUUCGCAAUGGGUGUUGCUCCGUCGUUACAUCAACUCCGUCCUUCUCUCCCAGCACACCCUCAAGCGCGCAUUCGAUAUCCUUGGUACCCAUUACGAGAUGACCUCGGUCGUCUUCCGCGCCAUGGGUGCCCGCAUCGGAAAGCGUGUGUACUGGCCAGGAAGCGGUAUCUACUGCCAGGACCCCGAGCUUCUCACGAUUGGCGACGAUGUCGUCUUCGGCUCGCGGUCUGAGCUUUUCACCACGGAUGCCCUGGGCACUGGACGCAUCACUAUUGGUUCUGGUGCCAUGAUUGCGGAUCGCGUCGUCCUUCUUCCCUGCACCACGGUGGGACGGAAGACGGUUAUGGGCUCGGGCGCCCUGGGCAAGCGAGGCGGCAUCUACCCCGACGGAUCGACUUGGAUGGGCAGUGAGAACGGCGAGGCUAUCUGCUUCAGUGCUGGAAAAGGCGUUGAUAUAGACGUUGACACUACCACGCCGUUCGGUCGCGCGUUCUACAAGCGCGAGGCGGACUUCUUCGUCUACCCGUACCCCAUGCUGGUCCUCAUCAACAUCUUCAUUGCCUCGCUCUCCGCCGCUUUCUGGUCGCUUUCGGCUGUCGCUGCUGCCCAGAUCCUCCGCCAGCUUCGUAUCCACCUCCCUCAGCUGCACCUCUUCUACCCGUACUGGUAUCGCAUGGGCACUCUCUUCGGCUGCAUUGCGUUGUCGUUCGUGAUCAUCUUGAACCUCCAGGCCAUGAUCGCCCUCGCGUGGGUCAUCGGCACCAAGUGGCUUGUCAUCGGUCGUAGGGAGGCUGGCCCGUGCGAGUGGGACAAGAGCUCGUACUGCCAGCGGUGGCAGCUUCACCUCACGCUGAGCCGCCCAUUGCACCGCGGCUACGGCAAUGGCGGCGUGCUAGGGCCUAUCUGUGGAUCCGCGUAUAUCGUGUGGUACUUCCGAGCUCUCGGCGCGACGAUUGGAAAGAACUGUGCUAUCUGGGCUGGCGGAAAGGCGGGUCUCAUGACCGAGCCCGACCUGGUCGAGCUCGGCGACGACGUGGCCCUCGACGACUGCUCGGUUGUCGCUCAUAUCAAUUCUCGAGGCAAGUUCGCCCUGAACAGGCUGCGCAUCGGCGAUGGAUGUGCUCUCAGGUCCGGUAGCCGACUUUUGUCUGGGGCUAGCAUGGAGCCGAACUCGCAACUGCUUGAACACACGCUACUCGCCUCUGGUGAGACCGCCGACGAGGGAUGCGUGUAUGUUGGAUGGCCGGCGAGGCUGCUCGAUGAUUACGAACGCAAGGGGAAGCGCGCCAGCGGCUCAUCAGCAGGCGCCGGCGGAGUGUCGGGCGGCGUUCGCCUCUCGUGCCCCAUCUGCUCUCAGUUCCCCAAGCUUCCCGUUGUUUCUCGAUGCGGGCACCUGUUCUGCGAGCAAUGCGCCCACACUGCGCUCGGGCAGAGCAGGAAAUGCCCGGUAUGCAUGGCGGAAGCCAACCCUAGACAAUUGAUCAAGAUCUAUCCGUCUUUUGCCGCGGUAUAGAGACUCCCUGGAUGCACGCCCCCCAAGACCAUUGCAUAACGCAUAGACGACAUCAUCACUGUAUCAAUGCCGCCUAUACCCUUCAUAUUCAUUUGUGGACACUGUAACUUCAACAACACCCUUAGAUAAUACGCGCGAUGUGAACUCAUGACCUUAUAUUGACCGGAAAAUAAAG